AUGGGAGUCUGCUACAAACAGAACUGGGAUAUUUUGGCUCUGCAGCUCAUACCACAGGACUGUUUUAGGUCCAAACAGGCGUUGAGGGGAGCUUUUUCAGUGGUGCGUAGGUGUGUAAAGAAGUCGUCAGGACAGGAAUAUGCUGCAAAAAUCAUCAACACUAAGAAGCUGUCUGCAAGAGACCAUCAGAAGCUGGAGAGAGAGGCUCGUAUCUGCCGUCUCCUGAAGCACCCCAACAUUGUGAGACUCCAUGACAGCAUUUCAGAGGAAGGAUUUCAUUACCUAGUCUUUGACCUGGUGACAGGGGGAGAGCUGUUUGAAGACAUUGUAGCCAGGGAGUACUACAGUGAGGCUGAUGCCAGUCAUUGCAUUAGUCAGAUCUUGGAGAGUGUCAAUCAUAUCCACCAGCAUGAUAUUGUGCACAGAGACCUCAAGCCUGAGAACCUGUUGUUGGCCAGUAAGAUGAAGGGAGCUGCAGUGAAGCUGGCAGACUUUGGCCUUGCUAUUGAAGUGCAGGGAGACCAGCAGGCUUGGUUUGGGUUUGCGGGCACUCCAGGCUAUCUCUCCCCUGAAGUCCUGAGGAAGGACCCCUACGGCAAGCCUGUGGACAUAUGGGCUUGUGGUGUUAUUCUCUAUAUCUUGUUAGUGGGAUAUCCUCCAUUUCUAGCGGACAGUUCGGCGCUGAUGUCAGAGCAGCGCAACCAGGAGGAGAUGCCCCCACUUCUGCCCACCUCAAAGCUCCAACCUGCCGUUUGUCACUUAAGUUCAUUUUCUGCAUGUUUGCGUGUGUGGAUGAUUACAUGUUACGUUUCUGUCAUCCUUGUUACCCAUCCACGCGUUUUGUGUUUUGUUGACCAUCCGUUGUGUGUUUCAGUUCCACCGCAUGACGUAAAGCGCAUGGCAUGGAACAGCACAGGCAACAGCUCCCUCCCUGACUCUGAGCUCUCACAGUCCUCCAUGCCUGCCGCUCCACUAGGGAGCAACACUGUCGCUGCUAUAAACAACACUAAGCAGACUCGUAAACAGGAGAUCAUCAAGAUAACGGAGCAGCUGAUUGAAGCGAUUAACAAUGGAGAUUUCGAUGCCUACACGAGGAUUUGCGAUCCUGGACUCACCUCUUUUGAACCCGAGGCCCUGGGGAACCUGGUGGAGGGCAUGGACUUCCAUAAGUUCUACUUUGAAAACUUGCUGAGCAAGAACAGCAAGCCUGUGCACACCACCCUGCUCAAUCCACACGUGCACCUGAUCGGCGAGGACGCUGCGUGCAUCGCCUACAUCCGGCUCACACAGUUUGUGGACACCACGGGCCGCCCUCGUUCCAGCCAAUCGGAGGAGACCAGGGUGUGGCAUCGCCGCGAGGGCAAGUGGCUCAAUGUUCACUUCCACUGCUCAGGAGCGCCUGCUGCACCACUACAGUGAUCAGUGGUCCUGAGCCUCCAGUCUACUGGAGUGUGUGUUUUGGGGGGCAGUUUUUUUCAGCGAGCGUGUUUAAGAGGCACGUCCUCUGCGUGGAUUGGCUAGUGCCAGGAGCCCGGCCGGGCGAGAUCGCAUCCCUCUCCACGUUACCAACCAAUCCUGUCCCCCCUUUGACCUGCUGGGGGCCGGCUGAACACAAGACACCGCCCCCAUGGGAUGAUGCAUGCAUCUGGCGCCUGAUUGGAGGGCGCGUCUUUGCCCUCUAUCCCUCCCCUGGCAGCCAUCUUUUUUCUGCCCGCGCGAGAUGAGACGUCCUGCGUGAGGAGAGGAUUUACAGUUGAACUUGUGACAGUUUAUGAGUAUGAGUUAUGAAUAUGCUGUGUAAAUUAUGACUAGAUGUACCAGAAACCACCAAAACCCAACCAAGCAUUUAUAUUCACUAUCUAAUAAGGGAGGAACAGAAGGGAGUGUGAGGUUAGCAGCUGAGAUUUUGGACACAUUUUUUUGGCAUUCUAGGGAUUACC